AUGUUACUCUCCAACAUGUUAAGCCUGGAGACGUUAGAAAGUCAGAUAUCUGUUGUCAUGGAGACGGUGGCGGAGGCUGCUGUGACGGAGCUUCGCAGACUUCUGGACCUGAGCUCGGCUAACCUUAAAAAUACAGCCGAGAGGAAGCGCUCCAGUCCGGCCACACUCCCCGAGACUUUAGGGGGUGUGAAGAGCGAGGAGCAGGAGAGCCAAGUGACCCCACAGGAGGACAGACAACAGCUCCACAAGACGAUAACGGUGACAGACCCACAUACAAUGACAAAAAAGAGCACUCUAUUCUAUACAUAGGUGUUAAUUUAAGAAUGGGGAGAGUGGGGUAAGAUGAGCCAUUUUUUAUAUUUCAGAUCACUACAUCAAGGCAAUCAUAGUUUUGUCUCUAACUAGUGUAUCUGCAUAUAAUUCAAGAUGUUGUUCAUCCCUGCAAAUCAACAGAAUGAGUAUAAACAUAACUGUCUUGAUGAUAUAGCAUGCCAAAAAAGUGGUCUCCUGUGGUCAACUUACCCCGUGUAUGGGGUAAGUUGAGUCCUCUAAGAUAAAAUGGUGGACUUUUAUGCUUGGCUUUUGACCUCGUGUUGUAGCUCAUCGAUACCACAACUGAUGUAUAAAACAGAUUUAAAAUUAUCUUUUUUGGUCUGAACACAAUUCUAAUAAAACGUAUGACAGACUAAAUUCACUUUCAAGAGUGAAAAAUGAUUUUUGGACAUAAAUUUCUAACCCUUUUAACACACGUGCUUCUAACUUUCACAGACUCCAUGAAUUGAUGACCAUCUCCUAAAUAUUUGGUCACAUGAUCAAUUUCUUUUACCAUUUUCAAGCAACAGGGGAUGGCUCAACUUACCCUUUGGCUCAACUUACCUCACUCUCCCCUAUAUGAAGCAACUGUGAUUAUUCUUCCAGUUUUUUAUAUGAAAACAGGGAGAACAUAAUUCAUGAGACUUUGUUUCUAUUCAGCUAAAAAUGUUCUCCACCAUUCUCUCUCCCACUUGACUUCAUAGACCCAGUUUACAUCCCUCAUGGCAGCUUGGACCAAAGAAGCAGUGGAGAAAAUCCUGAUGCUGUUGAAAGUGUCUCUUUGUGAAGCUGACAAUGGGCUGAAUGACAAGGAUAAACAGAGUACGGAGCCAAAAGCAGCAAGUGCAGGGCGAGUGACCAGUUCUAAGAAGCGUAAGUCAGCUUUAGAGACUGUAAAUGGGUCUUUGAGUUUACACAAUAAAGUUCUCUCUCUGGUCUUAACAGCAUGUGAUGUUUCUGUUCAUAUUUUACAGACCUGAGACGCUCUUGUUCUAACAGAAAGAGGAGCCUGAAACCAACUCCACCAGAGAGUGACCACAAAUAUCACAGAGGUAUGUAAUCACUUUAAAUCACUGUCUUUGGUCAGUUGUCACAGUGGUGAUUGAUACCUUUAUAAGGUCUGACACAGUAGACCCCUCACCGAGUCAACUCUAAAGAAAAUCUUUGCAUGUUGUUUUUGUAGUGAAUUCACUGAUGCUGAUUUUACUCCCUUUUUCCAGGUGCACAACAUCCUGGAGUCUCAAAGGAAGCUGCAGACUCACAUUCAGUGAUUGAACCUGGUAACUUCUGCAUAUGUACACACCAGCAGAUCAAACACUUACUCUUAGUUAAAUUAUGAAAUUCUUACUCUGCAAAACAGCAGAGCAGGGUCAUCAUUUUUUCACUUAUUUUAAAACAAUAAAGGAACAGUCCAGAUAUUUUAAAUUGGGAUUGUUUGAGCUACUUGCUAAUGGUAAGUGUAUCAGCGACAGGUGAUUCAAAUGAUCAGCUCGUUAUUAAGCCAUUACAGAGCUUGAUAACGAGCUGAUCAUUUGUAUCAGGUAUGUUGGAGCAGGGAAACAUCCAAAAACAUGCAGGACAGCGGGCCUCGAGGACUGGACUUGAGAACCACUACUCUAAGCCCCUUUGGUGGAAAUCAGGCUGGUACAGAAGCUGAGCUAUGACCUACAGAAAGGGUCGGCUUUAACAUGUACUUCAGCUGUUUUUAACAAACUUUAAUCAGAGCAACAUUCUCAGUGUAUGCUGUCUUUUAAAAUUUGACAACACCUCACUUUGCUGUCAGACAGUUAUACUUGGACACAUCACAUCCCUGGUCCUCCUCCUGCUGCAAACUGAUCUGCUAAUCAGGUCAUUGACGUACAAGCCACUGAUCUACUCUGAAUUUUGAUAAUUUUACGUCCUAGUUUGUUGUCAUUUUAUGCACCAAAUGCCUCAGAUCAUCUGGCAGACAUAGUAAUGGCUGUAGAGUUGACUAAUUCGGCUCAGUAUUCCCCUUCCCCUACCUCGUUUAACUCCACUCCAAACAUGAAACAACUAAACAAUUUUGCUUUCUGUGAUGAAUUCACUGGUCUAAUUUUAGGUUUAUUAUUUUUUCAGGGCAGCAACAACCUGA